ACGAUGAGGGUUCAGGAUCCGACGUGGGGAAGAAGUUCACCAAGUGCAGCACGUGUAAAUACGGAGCCGAGUGUGAUGAGGACUCGGAGGACGUCUGGUGUAUAUGUAACAUCGACUGCAGCGGACACAAUGAGAACCCGGUGUGUGCCACUGAUGGGAACUCCUACAACAACCCCUGCCUGGUCCGAGAGGCGUCCUGUAUGAAGCAGGAGCAGAUCGACGUCAAACACCUGGGCAGGUGUCCCGCUGAUAAAGACAAAGUGGGGAAGAAGGACGACAGCGGACACUUCAAAGGAAAAGUCUUAGAAACCACGGGUCUGGACCACGGGGACGGGUUCUACGCCGGGAUGCCGAUCCCCUGCUCCGAUAACUACGCCAGCCUCUGUGUCCACGGGAAGUGUGAGAUCAAACACAACAAGGCGGUCUGCAGGUGUGAUUCAGGCUACAAAGGACCUCAGUGUGACGAGCCUCAUGACUUCAACAUCCUCUACGUGGUUCCCAGCGGACAGAAGCUCCACUACGUCCUCAUCGCCGCCAUCAUCGGUGCCGUGCAGAUCGCCAUCAUCGUCGCCGUGGUGAUGUGCAUCACAAGGAAAUGUCCAAAAAACAACCGGGGUCGCCGGCAAAAACAGAACCUGGGACACUUUUCCUCGGACACAAACUCCCGGAUGGUAUAGCCGUGUGUGUGUUGGUUCUUUUUGAUAAGUUUUUCUUACAGCGUGGGGAAUGCCAUUUUCUAACGGUCGGUGUGUGGUACUCUUUUCUUUUUCUCCUGGGGAAACCAAACAAAAAGAAGAAGGAGGAUAUUUAUUUCAGGGGCCUUAUUUUCACUCCUGUUUGCGUUCGGACAGAUUUUCGCUCAAUCCCUUUUUUCUUUUCCUUUUUUCCCACAAGACCAGGAAGUAGAAGGAGCCGAGUUUUUCAAAAUCCAGCGGUCUCUUCACGCCGUUUCCACGUCUUCGUUUCUUUGGACUGGUUUUGUUGAAUGCUUUAUGAACACGGUACCGUUGGUGAGCUGGCUAACAGAGUAAUGUCUGCCCAUCUGGAAUGUGCUGUCCCAUGAGCAGGAUUGUUUUUACGCCCCCCUUUUCUUUUACUUUUUACUACUAAUGUGCAGCUGAUCACCAAAUGCAGUUUGUUUUGUAGGCAGGCGGGGGGCCGACAGUGAUAUGGAUCUGUUUACAGUUAUUCUUUGAUAUGAACGUCCAUGUACAGACUUCACUGUGUUCAAACCAGCUAAUAAUUUAUUAUUAAUAUAUAAAUGAUUUCUUUCAAGUAGUUUUUACUCAAAGUUUUAACUUUCAUUUCUAAUGUUGGUUUCUAUGUUCUAGUUCUUGUAUAUUGGCAUGACUUGUGAACUCUGUGUACCGUGGUGUAGUUUAACUUUUUAAAGAAAAGCCUCGUCCGUCUCGGAGCGGCAGAGAUCCGAAGGAGACGGAAAUCCCAAAAAAAAGAGUUGAAGUGAUGAUCGUCGGACAGCGAGAAGGAAAGUAUUAAAGACAGGAAUGUGUAGUUUGAGUUUACCAGCACCAGGACCUGAGGAACUCAGAAGAACUCUCGUAGUUCCCGGUGAUGUCGGGAAACGGUCUUCUUAAUCCGCUUCAACGCUGAGAGGCAGGAAUGUUUUUUUGCAUCUUGGACUGGAAAUCUGAAAUUCAGAGGAUUGUAAAAGAAAGUGUGUCGCUACAAAUCGAGGUCAACUCCAAACGAUGUUUUUUUUAUGUGCUGGGUCUUGUCGGCUCAGAUGGCGGUGAUCAAGGCCUGUCUUUGAAUGUGAGAAUCAUUUCCUGUUUUUGUUUAUUCGUUUUAGUCAGAGACAUUCCAAGCACACAGGAUUCAUACGGGAACCUGCUCUAAAGGAUAUGUAGGCAAAACAAAAUCUGAACUCUGUGAUAAAUUCAACAAAAUACUUCAAAUCCGUACAUGGAUCAGGCUUUGGUUUCUGUUGGAGUCUGAGUAGUUUCGACCAAUCAGGUGUCAGCAGGAGAAACAGUCUGUAUGGAGAGUUCUGGAAUUCUGACAUCAUCAAAGACAGAAUUCUGGAAUUCUGUCUUUGAUGAUGUCAGAAUUCUAUUUUUAAAAAAAGGACAUUCUAUGAAGAAGGUCAGAUCUAAAGAAAACAUCAGUACUUUUGUAGCCUGAGUAGUAUUGACCAGUCAGGUAUCAAAGAGUCUGUAUGGAGAGCAACAGCAGGAGGAACACAAUCCGGCUCCCAUGGAGGAUUUCUUUCUCUCUAUAAACAGAUCUCUGCAUGAAGAGCAGCUAACAAUCUGUUCUACAUCAAACAUUUACACUGAGACACAAAUCUGCUUGAUGCUGUGUCACUAAAGACAAUCAGCGUUUAGAUUUCCUGACUUCCCUGAACGCAGCAUCAGAAAUGAUGGAUCCCACCUCCAUUCAACAAACAAACAUUGUAGACAUAGUUUUCUUCUCCUCUUGAGGACAGACCUGACAAAGCUUUUUACUUUCAGCUACAACUAACCUGUAAUUACAGAUUCUGAUUCAGAGACAUGUUGAAUCUGGAUCUCAGGGUCUGGGUUUCAGUCUGAGAAGAGUUCUGGUCUCUGUCUGUAGUCUGAGGAGUUUCCACCAAUCAGGUGUCAGCAUGAAAGACAGUCUGUAUGGAGAGCAACAGCAGGUGUUCUAGAACUCUGACAUCAUCAAAGACAGAAUUCCAGAGUUCUGUCUUUGAUGAUGUCAGAGUUCUGUCUUGGCUUCAUUUGAACUCUAUUAACCUUAAUUUCCUGAAUAUAACACAGUUGUGUUUUUGUCAAUACUUAGUAUUUAACUCUCUCUUCUUGGCGUCUGGAUCCAGGGACUGUCUCGUGGUAUUUGCAGUCUCAGUAUUUCCCAUCAGUAUUGAACCUCAGUCAUAUUCGAUGCCUGGACCUGAAACCACGAAACAGAGUCCGAUCCGAGUGUUCCGUGUCCCUGAUGUGAGAUAAACAACGCCGAGUGUAAAUCACCAUGCAUCAACUCUACUGCCGUUUACAACAGUUUAAACCUGCAGAAGAAGAACGACUAAGUUUGAGAGGUAGCUUCAUGGCACGGUGACACCAGCACUGCCACAGAGAACGUUUGGACCAAAAUCAGCUGGUUUUAUUACGAUAUCACGGUUUCAGAGGAGUAGGAAGUGUCUUGGUGAAUGGGUCUGAAGAUCUGGACUCGUUUGUCCUCGUUGUCUCGGGACAAGAGGGAGGGUUUUCUCAUUAUCUCGAGCGUAGACUGUUUAUCUUGUUGACGACACCAAAGGAUUUGAAGCCAAACUAUGGCGCCCACCAUGUUGGAAAGACAUCCACUCACCUGUAGGUCAAAUUGGCCACGCCCCUAAUUAUGCAAACGCAUGCCGAACUCUCAGAACAGAUUAUUAUAAAAACAUUCAGAAACAGAAAUCAGGUCCUCAGACGUAAAAGUGUUUAUUUAAGAGGGUCAUUUUUAACAUGGGGGUCAAUGGGGAUGUCUCAGCUUUCAUAACCAGCCUCAAGUGGACACUUGAGGAACUGCACCCUUUUCCCUCCCCUGCAUUAGCUCCAUUUUUCAACACUGGAGGUCGCUCCGGAUCUGGAUCAAUCUUUAUUCAAAAAGCACCAAAUCCCAACAAUCGUCUCCUCAGACUCUUUCCAAACAGAGCCGGUCUAGACCGGACUCUAUGAUCUAUUAUUAACAAGGACCCUACAUCAAGACCGGAUCAGAUCCAGUCCCAUCUUCCAGACAGGACUCAGUCUGAUCUCAUCUUAAUCCACCAUGAGCAGAGCACUUUGCAGCAUUUUGCAAGUUACAGUGGCAAGGACAAACUUCCUUUAACAGGCAGAAACCUCCAGCAGGACCAGACUCAUGUUAGACACACAUCUGAAUCUGAGACCGUGUUGGAGAGGGAUAGAGGGAGAUGAAGAGAGAGAGAGAGAUGAUAGUGGGGAGACGGAUAGUAGUAGUUGUAGCAGCUGGAGUCUGGACCACGUCCACAGCAGCAGAGAUCCAGAGGAACCUACGAGACAAGGGAGCUCAGGGACUCCAGAAAGGUCUAAGGUUAGCUUCUUUUUUAUCUGGAGUGAAUAAAUGUUAUGGAUGCCACUCCUGUAACGAGACCCUGCAGAGUCUGAUACCUGGAUGAGGGUCAAAGGAGCGAGGUCAGGGAGGUUCGUCUUCUCUGUUUGUUUGAUUUAUUGUUUCUGUGACGUCCAGGUCUACGGCCCUCAAACCCCGCCCCCCUCCUCCCCCCGCCGAGCAACGUGUCUCUACUUGUUGUCGACCAUUGCAGCCGUGACUUCUCUAAAUGUGACUAGAAUGUGUUUGACAUGUUAAUAUUCUGCAUGUAGACUUUGAGCGGCCAUUUGAGGUCUCUGCCAAAAUAAAAAAGGAAAUGUUUUUUUAAAGAA